AUGGCCCGCCAGACCAGCGUGGCCCGGGCGGCGGCUGCCUCGCCGGCAGCUGCUGCUGCGGCGCCUCCGAAGAAGGCAGACAAGGACUACACGUCCGACGGCGUGGCCGACAACGACGUCUUUCUGCUGCCGUUUUCGGACUUCAAGAUUUUGACGGCCAUCACGGUGGUGUCGGCGCUCGUCCGGCUCUUCCGCAUCUACCAGCCGAGCAGCGUGGUGUUUGACGAGGUGCACUUUGGCGGGUUCGCGUCCAAGUACAUCAAGGGCCGGUUCUUCAUGGACGUGCACCCGCCGCUGGCCAAGCUGCUGAUCACGCUGGCCGGCUGGAUGGCCGGAUUCGAUGGCGACUUUGACUUCAAGGACAUUGGCAAGGACUACAUCGAGCCGGGGGUGCCGUACGUGUACAUGCGGCUGUUUCCGGCCGUCUGCGGCAUUCUGCUGGCGCCAACGAUGUUUCUGACGCUCAAGGCGUCGGGCUGCCGGUCCUCGACGGCGCUGAUGGGCGCUGGCAUGAUUAUCUUUGAAAACGGUCUUCUCACGCAGGCUCGGCUGAUCCUGCUCGACUCUCCCCUAAUGAUCGCGACGGCCUUUACCGGACUCUCGUUCACGGCCUUUACGAACCAGCACGAGCUGGGCCCAUCCAAGGCAUUCGAGCCCAGCUGGUGGUUCUGGCUCUUCAUGACGGGCCUCGGGCUUGGCAUCACGACCAGCAUCAAGUGGGUGGGCUUCUUCACGAUCGCGUGGGUGGGCUUGCUCACACUGGUGCAGCUCUGGGUGCUGCUGGGCGACGCAAAGCACGUCACGGUGCGGCUGCUGGCGAAGCACUUUAUGGCACGGGCGUUCUGCCUGAUCGUGGUGCCGGUGACGUUCUACAUGGCAAUGUUCGGGAUCCACUUCCUCUGCCUGGUCAACCCGGGCGACGGUGACGGGUUCAUGAGCUCGGAGUUCCAGGCGACGCUCAACUCCAAGGGCAUGGCGGACACGCCAGCGGACGUGUUGCUCGGCAGUGCGGUGACGAUCCGGCACGUCAACACGCAGGGCGGCUACCUGCACUCGCACCCGCUGAUGUACCCGACGGGUAGCAAGCAGCAACAGGUGACGCUGUACCCGCACAAGGACAUCAACAACGUGUGGAUCCUGGAGAACCAGACGCAGCCGCUCGGUGCGGACGGCGAGACGAUCAACGGGACGGAUGCUUGGAACACGCUGCCGGCCGAGGGCGCGGAGCUGCCGUACAUCUACGACGGGAUGACGCUGCGGAUCUUCCACCAGGCGACGGCACGACGGCUGCACUCGCACGACGUGCGGGCACCGGUUACAGAGGCGGACUGGCAGAACGAGGUGUCGGCAUACGGAUACGAAGGCUUUGACGGCGACGCGAACGACUACUUCCGGGUAGAGAUUGUGAAAAAGUCAUCCGACGGCGAAGUGGCCAAGACGCGGCUGCGCACGAUCGAGACCAAGUUCCAGCUGGUGCACAUCAUGACGGGCUGCCUGCUGUUCUCGCACAAGGUCAAGCUGCCGGACUGGGCGUCGGAGCAGCAGGAGGUGGUGUGCGCACGGGGAGGCAGCCUGCCGAACAGCCUCUGGUACGUGGAGUCGAACGAGCACGCGCUGCUGGGGCCGGAGGCCGAGAAGGCCAACUACCGGCAGCCGGGGUUCUUUGGCAAGUUCCUGGAGCUGCAGGCGGUGAUGUGGAAGACGAACGCCGGGCUGGUGGAAUCGCACGCGUACGAGUCGCGGCCGAGCUCGUGGCCGCUGCUGCAGCGCGGGAUCAACUUCUGGGGCCAGAACCACCGGCAGAUCUACCUGAUCGGCAACCCGUUUGUGUGGUGGAGCGCGACGGCGGCAGUGGUGGCGUACGUGUUGUUCAAGGGCGUGGCCGUGCUGCGAUGGCAGCGCAGCUGCGGCGACUACGCGGACGCGACGUUCAAGCGAUUCGACUAUGAGAUCGGCACGUCGGUGCUGGCCUGGGCGCUGCACUUUUUCCCCUUCUACCUGAUGCAGCGGCAGCUCUUCCUGCACCACUACUUCCCGGCGCUGUACUUUGGUAUCAUGGCGUUCUGCCAGAUCUACGACUACGCGACAGCACGCAACCGACUGCUGCGGCCGCAGGAGAAGGCAGUGGUCAACACAGCGGGCGCGAUUGGCGUGCUGGUGCUGUCGGCCGUGGUGUUCUCGCUGUUUGCGCCGCUGGCGUACGGCAAUGUGUGGACGAAGGAGGAUUGCCGGCGCGUGAAGCUGUUUGACACGUGGGACUGGGACUGCAGCAGCUUUCUGGACACAUACGAGGCAUACGACUCGCAAGCACUCGUGGCGGCUGUUCCGACGACGGCCGUAGAGGCAGCACCGGUUGCAGGAGAGGCAGUAGCAGCAGUUGGUGAGCUGGAGCAGGAGCAGGUGCCGAUGGGUGACGACAAGGCAGCAGAGCGGGCAGCACCGCCACCGGCAGACAUCUCGGAAGCACCGUCAGCACCACCGGCGGAGAAGCUGCUGGCAAAGACGUUGUUAUCACGUGAGCAGCGAGUGGAAUACCGCGACCAAGACGGCAACGUGCUGGACGACAAGCAGGUGGAGGCGCUGCGCGGAAAGGUGGAAUUUAAGACGCGCUACGAGACGCGGACAAGGCUGGUGGACACAGCCGGAAACGUGGUCCAAGACGCGGUGGUUGACAGCGGCGAUGUAGCCGCUGGUGAGGAGGCCGUAGCUGUGGCACCACCGCAUCCCGAUGUCGAGGGUGUGGACCAGUCGACACGGCAGACGGCAGCCGAGGAAAAGCAGCCGCAGAGCGUGGAGCCAAGCGUGGAAGGCGAGCGGGAGGCAGAGCAGAACCGUGCUCGACCGGCCAGCGAAAGCAACGAGGCAACGGUGAAAGAGUGA